GGCCACGUCAGAAACCAAGAAUCCGGGCACCGAGCGACAGCAGGCGGAACCAGCUGGCGAAGAAAACCGGCCCACGGUGGGCCGUUUGGGUGGGCAGGACUUCCGCCCAAAAGUAGACUCCCCCGGAAGACCCUGGGACUUCCGCCUAGUUCUCUCAUUACGGUUUCUGUGAGAUCUGGGGUUGUGGGGAAAUGGCUUGUGCAGCUGCACGGUCCCCAGCAGACCAAGACAGGUGGGUCCUGAGAAAGAAAGAGGCCUCCUGCGGCUCCGCGAGUGUGGGCCCCCGUCACCACCCACCCCGGCCUCGAGGACGGCCUCGCCCACUGAGCUGAGCCUGAGCCUCACGCUCGGCGCCUUUCCCGAGCGGCUGGUUCCUCUGGGAAGCCUGCAGCACCAGCUCUUCGCGGGGACCUUCAAAUUCCGAGCUUUUGGUUGCUAUGAGGACAUGAAAUGACAGUCACAACGUUUAUUUGUAUCUACCCUGCUUAUUUAAAUAAUAAGAAAACCAUCGCAGAGGGGAGGCGGAUCCCAAUAAGUAAGGCUGUUGAAAAUCCUACAGCUACCGAGAUUCAAGACGUAUGCUCAGCAGUUGGACUCAAUGCAUUUCUUGAGAAAAAUAAAAUGUACUCUAGGGAAUGGAAUCGUGAUAUUCAAUAUAGAGGCAGAGUCCGGGUCCAGCUCAAGCAGGAAGAUGGCAGCCUCUGCCUGGGACAGUUUCCAUCACGUAAAUCAGUAAUGUUGUACGCAGCAGAAAUGAUACCUAAAUUGAAAACAAGAACACAGAAAACAGGAGGUGGUGACCCAAACCUUCAGCAAGGAGAGGGAAGUAAAAAAGGGAAAGGAAAGAAGAAGAAGUGAUCUGCUGUGAGCAUCAAGUAUGUGAUCCUACUGUGAGGGACAUGAUGGAGGCUUCUUUUUAGCUGCGGGGAAACAGCUUUUCGUUUGCAUCAAUCAUGUGAACUAUGAACAUUUGUGCCUUCCAUCUUCAUCAUCGGAGUUAACAAUGAAAUGAAUACAUCAGAAGUACAACACAUUGAAAAUGUACAUCUAGCUGUUAUGCAGUAUAAAAGAAAAAAUUUUCUGUCUUUGAAGAGUUUUUGUGGAAGAAUAAAUAUUUUUAAAUGGACAAUGGACUAUUGCGGAAGUUAACAGAAAUCUGUAUCUGUCCUCUGUGUAAGCAUGUAUUUCAGAUAAAUAAGUUUAAUAACUUGAAAUACACAUUUUGUUCACCUUUUAAGUUAAAUAAAUUUUUAAACUUAUUUUAAA